CUCCCCUCUCAAAGGUCAGGCUCGGCAGUAAUGAUGAUUACGAAUUCAGCGUAUCUAUCCUUCCAACGAACCGCAUCUUGGCACCGCCGAGUGCGAAUGCGACUGCUGACAUGCCUAAAUAAUACAGCAAGCCUCUAGCGCAACAACAUAUGAAAAAGGGGAAAGGAGAGGGCGAUGGUGCGCUACCUUACGAGAAAACUAAUCGUACUCCACACCCAUCGGCCGAGUCCACCAUUCAUCAUCCCAGCCAACUAAAACAUGGCCGAACGGACGCAACCCCUUCCUUACCUCCGCCAUCCAGAAGUACUAGACGUUCUCUAGCACACCUCCCUCUGUCAUAUAUCAAGGCGACCAGGGGAUGUGGUGGGAAGAGGGAAGGGCCUACAUCCCCCAGAAUCCCAGCAAUCCCCCAGCCACGCGAGAUUUCCCCGAAACACGACAAGACAAGACAAAAGAGCACUAUCACUACUACCACAACUCCUACCAUCACUCCCCUUUGUCCUUUUUCGGUGAUCGGCUUAUUGCUCCUUCCGACAUCAAAAUGCCGUUCUAGCCGGUUGUCCCAAGCGCCGCAAUCUUGGCGUACCCACCACCUGCACAGCCUCCGCUGCAGCCGCUCCUCGGAGCAUGCCAUGGCAUCAUCGCGGGGUGUGUUUGUUUGUGAUUAUAUUCUCAUUUAUGUCGAGUUUUCCAUGGUGUCAAAGUAAGUGUGAUUCGAUGUGUGCGGUUCCCAAAAAAAGAUCAAGGGGGGGUAGAUGUUGUACUUGUCGCUGUUAUUCGGUUUUAUCGGAUUUCCUUCCUUCCUUCCUCCCUCUAUCACUCCGAAGUAUGUUGGACCGUUGACCACCACUCUGCUGUUCUUGAUCCUCGUUGUCGCGGCGGCUCCGUUUUUGUCUGUUCGUCGGCGUCUUCUGUGGUCUUGGUCAUACAAGUCUUGUUGUAUCCGACCAGAC